AUGGCGCACUCCUCAAUCCUCAACAUCAAGGAAAAUCAAAACAUGAUUCUCGAUCUUGAUCCAGCAAAAUAUGACAGAUUCCUUCAAUUGAUCGUCGAAUGUUUGAGGUAUUUACCACUGGUUAUCGCUCUCACCAAGUUAGAGAUUGUUCCCUUAGUUCAUCUGUCAAAAUCUUAUUCAACUACAAGCCAUCAAAAGGGUAACGGGUUCAUUGCUUUUGAGAUAUUUAAUAAGAAAACCCAAAUUAUGUAUUCGAGGUUCUGCAACCUCCUAGGGCUUCCACACGGUUGUGACGUGUUUCACCCUGAGAGCAUCUCUAACUCAGCAAUUCUGGAGAUGUUCUACCAGAUGUGCUACAAGGGAACAUUGACUAUAGUUUCUAAGAUAAUUAAGCCCAACUUGCUGCCAAUGUAG